AAUCCACUUCCAUAAACAGGACCUGCUUGACGUGCUGAGGCAGCUCUCCACACCAUAUAUACCCUAAUUCAUUUUUCACUGAUGCUUGAAGAAGUAUCUCUCCUUCUUCCACCAGCUGGUCCUGCCCUUUCCCUCUUCUUCUCAUAGGUUGUGAACCAAAACAAACAGCAAAGAUGUCGGACAAAAAGAUGUCAUCCAGCCGUAAGCACCAUCUGAAGAGCUUGGUGCUGUCGGUGGCUGCAGGGCUCCUGGAGGCAGAGGCCAAGCAGCUCGUUGUGGAUAGAGCUAACCACAUGGCUGAGGCGGUUCCCGCUCUGGCAAUCCCCUCAGGCCAAGCAGAGAUCAUGGAGUACUGCAAAAAACUGGGUCAGUUGAGUGAGAAGAGUGAUGAGGAGAGGUAUGAUGCAGAGGCCAAAGUACUGAAGGCACAAAAAGAGAUUGAGGAUCUGAAGUUCAAAGUGAUGGAACUGCAGCCAGUGAAGAAACCAGCUCUGAAGAAGGUCCGUUUGUCCGCUGACGCCAUGCUCCAGGCUCUGCUGGGCUCCAAGCACAAGGUGACCAUGGAUCUGAGGUCCAACCUCAAACAAGUGAAGAAGGAGGUCAAGCCAGAGACCACAGAACAAGUUGGUGACUGGCGUAAGAACAUUGACGAUAAGGCUGACAGGAAGAAGAUGUUUGAGACAUCCUAAACACUACAGCACAGCUCUCUACACCCCCACCACCUUUCUGUGUAAAUAAAUCAUGACAGUUUUCCCGCCA